AUGACGCCAUGUUAACAUUUUUAACACAAAUUUUUCUAUGCCGAAUGCCGAUUGCUGAGUGCUGACUGAGACUGAGUUUCACAAAUCACCAAGCACACAAACUAAAUUAGGUAACUAAUAAUAAUUACAAAGUUCAUAGUUCAUUACAUACUUCAUCCACAAACACAAUAAUAUGUUUAUAUUUACUAUUUACUAAACAGUUCUGGAGUUGUUAUUGAUUUAUGUCGUACGUCAAUCGUCAAUGUUUUGAUUUGUUUAUUAAGCUAAAUUUCUGGGGCAGUAAAAAUAACUUUUAAGCGUACAUUUUAUAGUUCAUAUUUGUACUGUUGUUGAUCCGCCGACCUGUGAAUGGUCUCCAGUAUGGGUUACAGCAGAAAUCCAAUAUCAUCAUCGAGAGAUCGUAGACGUGGACGGGAUAGACGAAGUCGAAGUCCGAUACGACGACGUGGUGGCGGUGGUCGAGGAGGUAGAGGUGAUCCAGGCUCUAACUUACGUAAACCUCGAUGGGAAACAAAAAAGCUGGAACCAUUUAAAAAAGAUUUCUAUUUGCCGCACGAAGCUGUCCAUAACAGAUCAAAAUCAGAAAUUGAAAAAUAUAGAGAAGAAAAAGAAAUAACAUUAGUUGGUGAAAAUAUUCCCAAACCAAUAUUUAAGUUUGAUGAAAGUGGCUUUCCUGAAAUCAUAAUCAAAGAAUUAAAGAAACAAGGUUUUGUUGAACCUACUGCUAUUCAAGCACAAGGAUGGCCAAUAGCUUUGUCUGGGAAUAACUUAGUUGGUAUUGCGUCAACUGGUUCUGGAAAAACAUUAUCGUAUAUUGUUCCUGCUUUAAUACAUAUUUCUCAUCAACGAAAAUUGUCACGUGGUGAUGGACCUAUUGUAUUAGUAUUGUCUCCAACACGAGAAUUAGCCCAACAAAUACAAACUGUUUGCGAUGAUUUUGGUGAUGCAUUUGGAGUUAGUAGUACAUGUUUAUUUGGUGGUGCACCAAAAGGUGGUCAGGCAGCUGAUUUAAGUCGUGGAGUUGAAUUAGUUAUUGCUACGCCAGGGCGUUUAUUAGAUUUUCUUGAAAGUGAACGUACAAAUAUGUGUCGAUGUACAUACCUUGUUUUAGAUGAAGCUGACAGAAUGUUGGAUAUGGGAUUUGAACCACAGAUUCGAAAAAUUAUUGAUCAAAUAAGACCAGAUAGGCAAGUAUUAAUGUGGUCUGCAACAUGGCCUAAAGAAGUGAAGAAUUUGGCUGAAGAAUUUUUAGAUGAAUAUAUACAAAUAAAUAUUGGUUCCUUAACUUUGGCAGCUAACCAUAAUAUUCAACAAAUUGUUGAAGUCUGCCAGGAAUAUGAUAAAGAAACUAAGUUAAUAUCUCUACUAAAGAAAAUAAUGGAUGAAGAUGAAAACAAAACAAUUGUUUUUAUAGAAACUAAACGGCGAGUGGAUGAAAUCACUAGAAAGAUUAAAAGACAUGGGUAUUCGGCUGUAUGUAUUCAUGGUGAUAAAUCACAAUAUGAGAGAGACAAUGUUUUAAAAGAUUUCAGAGAUAGUCGUUAUCCUAUAUUGGUCGCUACAGAUGUGGCUGCUCGUGGACUUGAUGUGGAAGAUGUGAAGUUUGUAAUCAAUUUUGACUACCCAAAUAAUUCUGAAGACUAUGUACAUCGCAUUGGUCGUACUGGUCGAUCUCACAAGACAGGUACAGCUUACACAUUCUUUACACAGUCAAAUGCCAAACAAGCUGCAGACUUGGUUUCAGUUCUCACAGAAGCCAAUCAGACUAUCAGUCCCAAACUGAAAGAUAUAGCUGACAGUUUUCGUUCAAAUGGAUUUUCAGGAAGAGGUGAUAGACGACGUGGAUGGAGAAGUGGUCGAUCAAAAAAAUCUAAGAGUCGUUCACGGAGCCGUGAUCGGUAUAGACGUAGAUCAAUUUCCAGAUCUAGAUCUAGAUCAUACUCUAGGUCAAGAAGCCGUAGUCGUUCAAGAUCAUAUGAUAGACAUCGAAGACAUAGGCGUAGCAGGAGCUCAGAUUAAUGACGAUUAACGAACAAACAAUUUCCAUUUUGGUUGUUUUAUACUUAUACAAUAUUUUUUUUAUUUAUUUUUUUUUUUUUUGCAAUAGAUUCCCCAUUAUUUUGUUUUAACUAUAAAUUGUCAUUAUUUUUUUGUUUAUAUUUUUAAAAAAUAAUUUUUUACACAAAAUAUAAAUAAGUGUAUAGUAUGUUUGUUUAUCAAAAAUUAACUAUAAAUUAAAAUUAUAAUAUUUCUACUUAUAACAUUUAAAAAUAACUAUAAAACAACUUUAUAGAUAAAUUUAUAAAUAUCAAUGUAGAUACAUUUUAAUUUUUGUAUAUUAUAAUGAAUUGUUAAAGUGUAUUUGAUUGAAUACAUAAAUUCUUCUAAUUGUAUGUAAUUAUUGAUAAGUUAUAAUCUUUAAUCUAGUUUAUAAUAUUAGUUUAAAAAAAAUUGAUUUUUGAAGUUUAUUCAUAUUAUACCUAAUAAUUGUAGUCAUAUUUUAACAAAUAUAAAUUUUAUAAUCAUUAUUAAUUUAUUUACAUGUUUAGGUUAACAAAUAUCUAAUAAUUCCAUCCUAGUUGCGUUGUCAAAAUAACUUCCAAAAUUUGUAUGUAAUGGAAUAAUUUUCAAAUUAAUUGUAAGUAAAAAAAUAUAUAUAAUAUAUAUAUACAUGUUACCUAUUAUUGGUUUCCUUACAUUAUAUUCAGCUAUACCUAUGUAUUAUAAAAAACUUAACUUAAAAUUUAAUUUUUUAAAUAAAAAUUAUUACAUUUAUUGAA